UGGCUAUGCCUGAAAGAUGUUCCUUCUGAAAACCACUGUACCAAGACUCUCUUUUGUUCUGAUUUUUGUUACACAGAACCAUGUGGAGGAUGGUGAUGGCGGCUCACAACAUCACAAUCGCACUGGUGUCAUCUCUCCUGAUGUUGAUCUUGGGGCCAUUGAUCAUAGAUGUCAUCUCGGUAAGCAAGAAGAUCGGUAGGUUCUUGUGCUUGGCAACAAAAUUCUUAGCGGAUGGCGAUAGCAAUGCCAUCGACAAUGUAACCCUUUCGGACAGCCCUCUCCCAGCGGCACAACUAGCCCAGGGGGGAGGGUUGAUGUGUACUGACAUAGAACAUGUUACGGCGAGGCUAGGCCUCGCCGCAAGGGGGUUUGGGGAGACAAUAGGAAAGUGUUAUGAGUGUGAUGCGAUGAGUGCCAUAGAUGAGCUUAUGGAUGACAAGGAAGCAAGUGAGGACGAGCUGAAGGAGGCCUUCUAUGUGUUUGACAGAGAUGAGGAUGGUUUCAUAUGCUCUGGGGAGCUAUGGAACGUGAUGAGGAGGCUAGGGUGGAAGGAAGGGGCGAGGCACGAGGACUGUGUGAGGAUGAUCCACGCCUUUGAUGAGGACGGAGAUGGGAAGAUCAGCUUCCUAGAGUUUACACACAUGAUGGAAAAUGCCAUUUAGUUAGUCUUCUGUUCCUUUGGCUCCUUAUUUUUGUACUGUAGCAUGAACAAGUUACCGAUUUGCAUCCUUAAUGUGAUAAUUAUUAAGAUUAAUACUGUGCCAAUUUACAAGUUC